AUGGUAAAAGUGUGUGCUAAGAACCUAACGUCGGCUGUACAGGCUUGUGCAGAGUACAAGGAGAAUGCUAAAAACUUUAGCGUGGAAAGUGUCAUCGACAACUUUUUGGGCGUCAACAUUUACUUUGAAGAUGUCAACUACGAGGUGAUCACAGAGUCUGCCAAGUAUGACGAGUUCCAGUUGCUGUCCAAUAUUGGAGGCACUCUUGGUUUGUUUGUUGGAGCGUCUGUUCUGAGUUUUGUGGAGAUCAUUCAAAUGCUACUCGAAGUAGUUGCCUACAUCUGUAAGAGUCGGAGUAAGAAGAACAAAGUUCAAGAGUUGAAGGUCGACGAGAAGGCUUAA